AUGGGCCACACAGCAUCAAAACCCCAACCAGGCUCCUCGAUCCAGAUCAUCGGAGCGGGUUUACCACGCACAGGAACCUCAUCAUUCAGCCAAGCGAUAGAAAUCCUCCUCAACGGACCAGUGUACCACUGCGGGACGCAAAUAUCGCGCGGCCCACCCACAGAAAUAAAGUCAUGGAUGCCGAUCCUACGAAGAUGGUUUAAGAAAGAUGCAGAAUCUCACUCAUCAAUGCUAUCCCUCCUGCACAGCCGAUUGGCCGGCUACGUCGCCAUCACCGAUUCUCCAGGCUGCGAGUUCGUCCCGGAACUCAUGGAACUCUACCCGGACGCCAAGGUCAUUUGCACGACGCGCGAUCCGGUAUCGUGGGAGACGAGCAUGUAUCACGUGCAGACGCUGACGGGUGUUUGGUUUGCUCGUGCUGUCUUGCUACCGCUCGAAGGCAUGAGACAUUUCAUCCCGUAUGGGUAUCUGCUUGCGGCGCAGUGGGAGUCCAUAUAUGGGAGGGUGAUGGGUAUGCAUGGGAGGGAAACAUAUGCUAGGCAUAUUGAGUGGUUGAAGGAGGUUGUUCCGGAGGAUAGGUUGGUUUUCUUCGAUGUCAAGGAUGGCUGGGGCCCGCUGUGCGAGGCUUUGGGAUUGGAUCCUCCAGUGGAUGUGCCGUUUCCCCGUGUGAAUGACUCUGAGGCUAUUGAGCGCACGAUUCAGUAUCACCUCCGCAGGGGCCUCACUCGAUGGGCAUUCUUAUUUGCUUUCGUUGGGGCUGGGGUCGCGGCUUUCCGCAUGUGGAAAUGA